AUGGCUUUAUCAUCAUCGUCAACAGUAUAUCCGCUCUCGAGUUUCAGUCCGACCUCUCACUCAAACCGGAAAAACAGUAUUUACAAUGCGCUUCCGAUGACCGUCCGAUCGAGGCUUUCCGACAACUCUACCCUUCUCCUCCAAGCCGCUAAAUUCACAGUGGAUUCAUUUGUGGAAAACGGGAUGGUGAUAGGGUUGGGGUCGGGCCGAGCUUCUGGUUUUGCUAUACAGUAUUUAGGCCGGCAACUUAGAUCCGGAACCAUCAAAGAUAUUACCGGCAUCCCUACAUCUGUCGACAGUGCAAGUGAGGCAGCAAAGGCAGGUGUCCCUCUGGAUGAUUACAGAGACAGCUCGAAAAUUGAUUUAGCAUUCAGUGAUGCUGAUGUCAUCGAAGAAGAGUCACUAACAGCAGUUAUUGGUCGUAAGAAGUUGCUGGGUGGUGAAUCCUUAAUCCAAGAAAAGGCCAUACUGAGAGCUGCUGGAAAACUGGUUCUCAUUUGUACCAAGCAAUAUCAAGGUGUUCUAGAUGGAUCAAUUCCAGUUCUAAUCAACUCUGUCAACUGGUUAGAAACUGCUGAGGAAAUAGACGACCUGUUUCUUGGUGAUGCUGAGGUCUGGAGAAGACCGGCUGUAGGCUAUGCGGGCCCAUUAGGAGGUAAUUUCCCGCUCGUCACUAGAGAAGGACAUAACGUUCUUGAUGUAAUCUUUACAUCUCCGAUUCCAAACCUUGGUGAAGUGGCUGAUAGACUUGAUCAGGUAGCUGGCGUAGUCGAGCAUGGGGUCAUUUCCAGAAUCCCGUGCACAGCCGUGAUAGCCACAGAAAACGGAAUGCGCGUUUUUAGAAAUUCUCUUAAGAAUGAAGGAAGCAAGGUUGUGUAG